UACCGGGGAGGGGAAUCAUUUUACAAGCUGGUGGGGAAAAACGCUAAUCUUAACAUCAACCGGCUUUUAAAUCCGUCUUUAUUAAAGAGUAACAGUCGUGUGUGAUGUUUCAGGGAAUUUAGCAGUUUGUUUGAUGAAAAUUGCGGUGUGAAUCUUGAUCGAAAUCACCUUGUUUUGCUGUUUUGUUCGGUCAAAGCUGCCAUGAUCAAUGUUGUUGUUGUUAUUGGGUGAACAUUAUUUAAGGACAGUCUGUAUGAUAACGUUACUAGUCAACUAACAGUUUAACGAAAUAAGUAAAAUUUCUUACCCCCAGUGUUUGUAGUAUUUUGAGGAGAUUUUUAGACACGUAUGCUAGUCUUAGCUAGCUUCAGUAACAAAAGCCCAGGGCGAUAUCUGCAUUCGUGUGCAGUUGUUGUUAAUGAUUAUAUCUGCCAAUUGUGACAUUUCGACAGUUGUUUUAGUUGUUUUUAGUUGAUCAUUUUCCAAAAUCGCCAAACAAGUUAGAAAAGUCUGACUAGUGCCAGUUCAAUACGGAUGUCAACCGAUCUAUUUAUAGUUCAUAUUGAAUAUUUGAUUUUAAGCCAGUGUCUUGAUUUGACACAUCACAGUUUGAAUUCCAAUGAAAUUCACGAUCGCAAAUGCAAUAAUCAGAUAUGAUUACAUGUACUAGACACUAAACCGGUAUUAUAUAUCAUCUCUUGUUGAUUGUAUCAUUUGUAUAUUUGGGUUGAGUUCAACUUUCAGUAGAGUUAAGUUACAUUACAGUAGAGUCAAAAUAUUAACGAUCAGUACUUGAAAUUCCGUUGCUUCCGUCCGUUUCGCUACCUCUCGGUUAUAUUUAGACCUACAAUGAGCGGUCAAGGCUCGUCGGAAAAGGGCUUGAACGGCGCCCUGGUCUGCCAGGAGAGUUACGCCUGCGGUGGUUCCGAAGAGGCCGCCUUCGAGUGCGACGAAUGCGGCAGCCUGCAGUGCGCCCGCUGUGAGCUGGAGCUCCACCGUCAGGAUCGCAUGAGGAACCACGACCGGAUCCGCAUCGCCCCCGGCCACGUACCAUACUGCGAUUCGUGCAAAGGGGACGGGGGUCGCCCGAGAGCGGUUGUCCGGUGUAAUGGAUGUAAGAUCAAUCUGUGUUUGGACUGUCAAAAGCGAACGCAUAGCGGGGUUAGUAAAAAAAAGCAUCCCCUCGCUGCCUAUCCUCCACCUAAACCCGCCGAGAAGAACUCCACUGGAGAUGAGCUGCUGGAUGCUUUGAAAGCAGCCUUGGAGCAAGUCAGCAGCUUCCUUUUAGUGGAUGAAAAAGAAGAAAUGCAGGUGACAGAUGAGGGUGAAUUUGUGAGGAAACUGGGCUGCAAUCCCGACGAGCUCCUCAAGGUGGUGUCCAUUUUUGGAAACACCGGAGAAGGCAAAUCCCACACUCUCAAUCACACUUUCUUUUUGGGUCGUGAAGUGUUCAAGACAUCCCCAACUCAGGAAUCCUGUACUGUUGGGGUAUGGGGAGCACUUGACCCGGUUCAUAAGGUGGUGAUCAUUGACACAGAGGGGCUCCUUGGGGCAGGAACCCAUCAGGGGCAGCGAACCCGCCUCCUGUUGAAAGUGCUCGCCGUGUCCGAUCUGGUCAUCUAUCGGACGCAUGCUGACAGGCUACAUGAUGAUCUUUUUAAGUUCCUUGGGGAUGCUUCAGAUGCGUAUCUUAAGCAUUUUACCAAGGAGCUGAAAGCCACCACUGCCCGCUGCGGUUUGGACGUGCCACUCUCGACUCUGGGUCCUGCUGUGAUCAUCUUUCACGAGACAGUCCACACCAAAUUAUUAGGAGCAGACAAGCCAUCGGAAUCAGCUGAUCGGCUUCUUCAGGAACGUUUCCGAAAACUUGGCCUCCUUCCUGAAGCAUUCAGCUCUAUUCAGUACCGGGGUACUCGUACCCACAAUCCCCCCACUGACUUUAGUGGUCUGCUGCGAAGCGUGGAGAUGCAAUUAGACAACAACACUACAAGAUCUCCACGAUCUGCUGGCGUCAUCUUCAAGGCCCUUCAGGCUCUGAGUGAGUGCUUCAGUGGAGAGAUUCCUGAUGAACAUCUGGCAAGCAACUCGUUUUUCCCAGAUGAGUACUUUACCUGUUCCAGUAUCUGCCUCAGUUGUGGCUCAGGCUGCAAAAACAGCAUGAAUCAUCUACGGGAGGGUAUUGUGCAUGAAGCUAAACAUCGCUGCCGCUACUCCGCCCAUUACGAUAAUCGCAUCUAUACGUGCAAGGCUUGUUACGAAAGCGGAAAAGAGGUGAUUGUAGUUCCAAAGACAACGGCGUCCUCUGAUUCGCCUUGGUUUGGCCUGGCAAUUUAUGCCUGGUCUGGGUAUGUAAUUGAGUGUCCAAACUGCUCGGUGAUCUAUAGAAGUAGACAAUAUUGGUAUGGAAACCAGGACCCUGUUGAUACGGUGGUCCGGACUGAGAUCCAGCACGUCUGGCCCGGGUCCGACGGAUUCCUGAAGGACAACAACAACGCUGCACAGAGACUGCUGGAUGGUGUGAACUAUAUGGCUCAGUCUGUUUCUGAACUAAGUGUCAAGCCUGCCAAAGCUGUCACUGCCUGGUUGACAGACCAGAUUGCCCCCGCUUACUGGAAGCCCAAUUCUCUCAUCCAUAGGUGUCACAAAUGUGGAGAGGUAUUCCAAGAUAAUGACACAAAGCACCAUUGCCGGGCCUGUGGAGAAGGUUUCUGUGAUGGUUGCUCUUCUAAGACACGGGCGGUCCCUGAAAGAGGUUGGGGUCUGGCACCUGUGCGCGUCUGUGAUGCCUGCUUUCAAAACAGAGGGAUUCCUGAAGAACUACUUGACGCAGCACUGGAAGAGGAGGAAGGUGGGACUCUGAUAGCCAGAAAAGUUGGAGAAGCUGUUCAAAACACCUUAGGAGCAGUAGUGACAGCCAUAGACAUCCCUCUUGGCCUGGUAAAAGACGCAGCACGUCCAGCGUAUUGGGUACCUGAUCAAGACAUCCGCUGCUGCCACCAGUGCCAACGUGAGUUUAACGCACGUCUUUCUAUCCAUCACUGCCGUGCAUGUGGACAAGGAGUUUGUAACGACUGCUCCUCUGAUCGCCGAGCCGUGCCCUCCAGGGGUUGGGACCAUCCCGUACGGGUGUGCAUCACCUGUAACCAGAAACCCGGAGAUCUCUAGCAGAACUGAACGUCACUUAACGUUAAAAGACACCCCAUAUGUGGCCAUAGCGCUUCAGUCCAGGCUGAGAAGAAAGCAUUGCCCUUGAACCAAUAAAUCCUAUUGGUUGAGUAAAGCAAGAGGAUCAUCUUUGCUUUUGUCUCAACACUGUCAUUUCACAUACAUGCUCUUCAACCUUACGUAAGCGGUUCACAAUUUAAGAUAUGAAAUGGCCCGAGUCUUUUUUUUAAAGGUAUAGGUCCAUUGAAUUAAAAAGUUUCAGACAAUCCUUGGUUUGUCAUGCAAUAUGUUACCUGUGGGUAAAGGCAGCUAAUAUAUGGCCGCUACAGGAUGCAUGAGACAGGUGCACAAAUAUUAGUUUUAGCAUAUAAGCAUCUUUGUUUACCAUUCUGUUGUGUUGCUCAAUUUUCAGUCCUAGGACGGAUCAUAUAUCCUGCUAUUCAUUUUUUUUUAAACGCAAGUUUGUUUUCCAUUCCUUUACCCUUGUACCCUCAAAUCCCUAGUAUAAAGUAGAUUAUAGAUUUAUUCCUCUUUGUCACCAUAAUUUGCUGCCUAUUAUUAAGCUGAUCAUUGAAGUUAUCAGAUGUUCAGCAUCAUUUAAAGAGUUUAUCAUUUAUUUUAAAACAAGUGUGUACACAAUCAGGACAUUUUUUGGUUGAGGUUUUUAAAAAUGUACCUUUUUAAACGGCAAAUCUAUACAGCAUACCGACUUACACAAAGCCACAUUGAAACCGCAGAUUUUUGUGAUGUGGCUUCAAAAAGUUGGAUCUUAUGUUUAAGUUUACACAGAUGCCAAUCCACAUUAAUCUAUUUGGUCUAUCCUCAUGUUAUCAUACAGAAGCUGCUCAGUUAAACUAUUAAUUUAUUUUCUUGGCCAAAAGAACACUCGUAUAGAAUCGGUUAAACGUAGAUUCGGUGAGGCGUUAUGUGUGGAUGACUGAACAUGACUGAGACAGACAUAAGAAACAUGUUAUCUGCACCUUGUAUGCUAAUUAAAUUAAACUUGAGUAUC